GGCAAAGGGACCGCGUGCCGCUCCGCCGCAGCAUCGACACCCGCUCCCUCCCUCCGCACGAGCUCCCAGCGACGCAGAAUCUCCAAAAGCUACCCCCACAGCCAGUGUCAGACAUCUGUCACAAGCCCUCACAACUUUCAGUCAUCAUGGAGCUAGACUUUGGACACUUUGACGAGCGAGACAAGUCAUCCCGUACCCCUCGAGGCGGCCGAUUGAAUGGACUGCCCAGCCCCACCCAUAGCGCCCACUGCAGCUUCUACCGCACGCGCACUCUUCAGGCCCUCACCAAUGAGAAGAAGGCCAAAAAGGUGCGCUUCUACCGCAAUGGAGACCGCUACUUCAAGGGCAUUGUGUAUGCUGUGGCCCUUGACCGAUUUCGCACCUUUGACUCCCUCCUGGCUGACCUCACACGUUCGCUGUCUGACCACAUCAACUUGCCACAGGGCGUCCGCUUCAUCUUCACCAUUGAUGGCACACGUAAAAUCUCAUCCAUGGAUGAGCUAGAGGAAGGCGAAAGCUACGUCUGCGCAUCAGAGAACUUCUACAAGAAGGUUGACUACACAAAGAACGUCAACCCCAACUGGUCUGUGAACGUGAAGGCCUCGGCCAACCAGAAAAACAUGCAGUCCCUGGCUGCCAAGGCUGCCGGUGAUUCCAAAGAGACCAAGGACUUUGUUCGUCCCAAGCUGGUGACGGUGAUGCGCAGUGGCGUCAAGCCGCGCAAGGCUGUGCGCGUGUUGCUCAAUAAGAAGACGGCACACUCCUUUGAGCAGGUGCUCACCGACAUCACAGAGGCCAUCAAGCUCGAGAGUGGCGUGGUCAAAAGGAUCUACACCCUGGAUGGCAAACAGGUGACCUGCCUGCAAGAUUUCUUCGGUGAAGAUGACGUCUUUAUUGCAUGUGGACCAGAGAAAUUCCGUUAUGCGCAGGAUGAUUUCUCUUUGGAUGAGAACGAGUGCAGGGUGAUGAAGGGACCCAAAGCUCAGAGGAAUUCAGCCAAAAGUCCCGGCCCGGUCAGGCGCAGCAAGUCUCCCACUGAAUCGACCAAUGGGACAGGCUCCAGCAGCCAGCUCUCCACCCCAAUAUCCAAGCAUUCCCCCACUUCUUCCACCCCUACAAGCCCAGGCCUCAGCCGCAAGCAAAAGGAUCUGUACCUGCCCUUAUCUCUGGAGGAUGACGAUUCUCUCGGUGAAUCCAUGUAGACUCUCCUCGCAGCUGAAGCCUGCCUCCUUUGGGCCUGACAGGCAGAAGUAUUUACCUCUGCUGCGUGCCCCCCCCCCUUCACUAACAGUGCCACCUAUCGUCUAGGAGGAUCACUCUCGUCUCUCUAUGAAGGCCUUAGCCACCA